AUGGAGAAUCAUACUCACAUUGCCAGCUUUAAGCUACUAGUUUUUCCUGAACUUCAUCAACUAGAACAUCUCAUUGGAUUCAUUCUCCUGGCAUCCUAUAUGAUCACCUUAGCUGGGAAUAUCAUGAUUAUUAUCCUCAUUACUCAUGAUCCCCAUCUACAUACUCCCAUGUACUUUUUUUUAGGUAAUCUUUCUUGCUUAGAGAUCCUAAUCACAACCUCUGUUAUCCCCAAGAUGCUGUUGGGUCUUUUGCUGGGCAACACAUUUAUUUCAUAUCCUGCUUGUCUUUCCCAGUGCUAUUUUUUCUUCUUCCUAGGAAGCAGUGAUUUUGUCCUUUUAGCAGUCAUGUCAUAUGAUCGUUAUAUGGCCAUUUGCAAUCCUUUGCAAUAUCCAGUAAUUAUGAAACUUGAGUUCUGCCUAUGGCUAGUUAUGGGCUGUUAUGCAGCUGGCUUUCUGGCAACCAUUCUCCCCACCAUCCUGGUUACAAAUCUGUCUUUCUGUGAUAGAAAUCAGAUUGAUCACUUUUUCUGUGACAGUGUGGCCUUGAUGAAACUAGCCUGCACUGACACUCAUCUUGUGGAGUUAAUAAGUUUUUUCUCAUCUUCAGUGACUGUGGUAGGCUCUUUCAUUAGCACCAUUAUAUCCUAUGUUUAUAUAAUCACAAUUAUUGUCAAAAUUCCAUCUUCCUCUGGAAGACAAAAGGCAUUCUCUACUUGUUCAUCCCAUCUGACUGUUGUCAGUCUUGGAUAUGGCAGUUGCAUCUUCAUGUAUGUAAGGCCUUUAGGCAGCAAUCCAUCAACAAAUAAGAUUGUUUCUCUAAUCAAUACAGUGUUGACUCCUUUGCUGAGCCCAUUCAUCUUCAGUUUGAGAAAUAAGCAAGUGAAAGAUGCUGUAAAAGCAGUUUUCAUUAAGUAUGUAGUCUACUCAAAAUAA